UACUUUUAUAAUCACACCAAUCCUCAGGAUACGUGGUAUGUUCUGACUGGAAUCCCAGGACUGGAAGAUAUACAUGUCUGGAUCGCUAUCCCUAUUUGUUCUAUGUACAUUGUGGCUGUCAUAGGCAAUAUCUUCUUGAUCUUCCUAAUUGUGACUGAGCGCAGUCUCCAUGAGCCCAUGUAUCUCUUUCUUUCCAUGCUUGCCAUAGCAGAUGUGCUGCUUUCUACCACCACAGCCCCUAAGAUCCUGGCCAUCUUCUGGUUCAAUUCCAGGAAUAUAUCCUUUGCUAGCUGUGUGAUACAGAUGUUCUUCAUACAUUUCGUCUAUGCUGUGGAAUCUGCUAUUCUCUUGGCAAUGGCUUUUGACCGCUAUGUGGCCAUCUGCUACCCACUGCGAUAUACCACUAUCUUAACCUCCUCAGUGAUUGCUAAGAUUGGCGUAGCGGCUUUGGUCAGAAGCUUUACUGUCUGUUUUCCAUUCAUCUUCCUGGUAUACCGACUUACAUACUGUGGCAAAAACAUUAUUUCCCAUUCCUACUGUGAGCACAUGGGUAUUGCCAGACUGGCCUGUGAUAACAUAAAAGUUAACAUAGUUUAUGGCCUUACUGUGGCUUUACUGACUAUAGGGAUGGAUAUGUUACUCAUCAUUACUUCCUACUCACUGAUCCUUUGCACGGUGUUUAAGAUACCUUCUUGGUCUGCCAGGUUCAAGGCCCUUAAUACAUGUGGCUCCCACUUCUGUGUUAUACUUAUGUUCUAUGGUCCAGCCUUAUUUUCAUUUUUUGCCCAUCGUUUUGGGGGCAAAGCAAUCCCUCACCAUGUUCAUAUCCUAAUAGCCAACCUCUACGUAGUAGUGCCACCAAUGCUAAACCCCAUUAUUUAUGGGGUGAAAACCAAACAGAUUCAGGAGAGAGUGGUUUUGCUUUUCUCUUCCUUCAGUAAAUGUUGCUAA